AUGGAUUUAAGUUUCACGACUAAAAGUGUCAAAAUUAAUGGUCAAAACCAUCGAAUAUUACUGCAAAACGAAAACGGACCUUGUGCCUUGUUAGCACUUGCAAAUAUUCUAAUACUUUCACCAGAUCAUACACGUUUUUCCAAUGAGUUAAUAAGGUUGGUAAAUAAGGGAAGUCAAAUAUCUUUAAAAGAACUUAUUGAAGUCUUAGCAGAUAUCGCUUUACAAGUUACAGAUAAACCUAGUACUGAUAUAAGUGAGUUACUAAGUUUGUUACCUAGAUUACAUGAAGGUUUAAAUAUUAACCCUGAGUUUAAUGGGUCUUUUGAAAAUACUAAAGAGAUGUCAAUAUUUCGAUUGUUUAACGUUGAUGUUGUCCAUGGCUGGGUUAUCAACAGUUUCAUAAAUGAAAACAUUGAUGAGAAACUAUCUCAUUAUUCUUAUGAAUCUGCGCAGAGAAUCUUAACACAAGCAGCUGAUAUAAAUUGUGGAAUUUCCCAAGAUGAAAACUCGGACGAAGUUUUACGUGAUGCCAUGCAUUUGGGUCUGUUUUUGAACGAAUCACCGACUCAGUUGACCGCCUUUGGACUCCUACGAUUGAGAGAAAAGCUGCUACACAACAAAUUCUCCAUUUUAUUCAGAAAUGACCAUUUUUCUACAUUGUUCAAAUACGAAGAUCGAUUAUACACAUUGGUUACGGACUUUGGUUAUAAAAAUUGUAAAGAUAUUGUAUGGCAAUCCCUAGAUUCGGUGGACGGCUCCUGCGAUGCUUUUUUUGCCGGUAACUUUAGUGCAGCAGAGGUAAAUGGACAGCAAUUGUCAACUGACAUUGAACGUGAUUUUGGAACUGGAAAUUUGCUACUUGAAGAAAUUCAGCAAAUUGAAAACGAUAAAGAACUAGCCAAACAGUUACAGGAACAAGAACAAGAACGUGUUACGAAAUUUGAAGCAAAAAGGAAAAUCCAUUCUCACAAAAAAAACUCAGAAAUACACGCACCAGUCAAAAAAGACAAGUUUAAGCGAAGAAGCAGCCUUCUCAAUGCAAAAGCUUCUGAAAAAGAGAAAAGUGAGUGCGUUGUUAUGUAA